UUUUAAUAUACGUAGUGAUUUAUUUGUAGUAUUUUUUUUUAAAAAAAAAAACAGAAUGGCGCAAGAAAGUAGCCGGUAGGUUGAGUUUACCGUUGUAGAUUGGACCGUUACCAUUAUGAUCAUUGGAUUCGUGACUAUCAAUGAAGGUUUCAACCUUUCUGUCUUUGUCUUCACACUUCGGUUCCGAAACAAACACAACCACGUUUGAGUUUGAGACUGAGAAACAUAACAAAUUCACUUGUAAAUCAAACAUGGUUGCAAGAACCUCACCAACACAAAAUAAUAUGUUAGCUUUUUUCAAUCCUGUUAUAAUUAGAGAAACACUCAACAAGGUUGAUAAGUGUAUGGUUCGGCUACAAGAACUUCAGUUCACUGUGACCGGUGGAACAAAGCUGGUUUCUGGAGUGAAUCUAAGCCCUCGCAGCACCAGAAGUUAUCUUAGAACAAGUCUUAGGUGCAAGCAAGAAUCUGUUAGGAUCAAGAAUAGUGCACAAAAAACAUCUCCAUUGGGGAAGUUUCCCAAGCCAGCUAAUUUAGGAGGUGAGUGGAGGCAAAUGUCAUUGCCUGCAAUGCUUGUAGGAGAAACUAUUGUAGAAAUUUUACAAGCAAGUCAAUUUGCAAGAGAAAUAGUUUCUUCAGUCUGUACAAAAUUCGCCACCGAGGACCCAAAAACUCCAUUAUCCCAACAUUCAAACCCGAAAGCAGACCCUGAAAACACAGAACUCAGAGCUAAAAGAAGGAAAGAGAAGCAAAAUAAACAACAAUCUGAUUCCUCACCAUUACCACCUCAACGAGCACGCUCCAGAAUCAACUUCAAGGUCUCUCCUCCAAAAAAAGUAAGAGACUUAGGUAAAGAGAAAGAGAAUAACAAUUAUUUAGCAAAUAGGGUUUCUCCUAGGAAUAGGCAAUGGGUUGAUAAGACAGUACUAUUCCCCGACCCUUUGUUCUCUUCAACUACUUCUUCUUCACAUCAGCAACAUUUUUGUGAGACAAGAUCACCUAUCAUAUCAAGAAAUAGAGUAACAACAUCACCACACAAGAUUCUGAUCAAAUCACCAAAUAGAGUAACAACAACAUCAUCGCACAAGUUCCGGAUCAAAUCACCUCAUAGGUAUCUGAUAAAAUCACCUCCACCUUCAUCCUCCAAAUUUCAAGGCAAGAUAAAAGGCACACCAAUAAGAUUGAGCUCUCCAAAGAGAUGUGGUGCUGCAUUGAAAUCGAGUCGACCAUUGUCUCCUUCUAGAUUGGCUGCUGCAUCAACAAAGAGCAAGAAAAGUGAUGGAAUAGUGUGUUUGAGCAAGAGUUCUCCAAAGAGAUCAGCUGCGUCUAAAUUUCGCCGAUCGUUCUCCCCUUCGAGGCUGAUAACAAGACUAGUUUUACCAUUGAAGAGCAACAAAAAUGUAGCGAAAAUUGAUGGCUUAGUUAGUGGAUUAAAACAGCGACCAGCAGCAACCACAAUGCAAUUUCCUGGUCCAAGAUUUAACAACAUAUUGUGAUAUAUUUUCAAUUUUGUUGUAUUUAUUUCACAAGCAAUUCUAUACUGUGUAUACAUAAUAAAUAUUAUUUUGUUUUUUGGUUUAA